GGUGUAAGGAGGUGGCGUUCACUCCUCUGUGCGUCCCGGCCUGUAGGAAACAGUGGAGCGGUCCUCCUUCGCCCCUUCAGCCGCAGACCCUCAGCUUUAUCACGGACUCAGCCGAGCAGAGAUCCCGCCGACAUGUCUGUGUUCAGCCUCGUCGCCAAACAACUGCGGAGCCACCCGGCUCUGAUCCCCCUCUUCAUCUUCAUCGGUGGUGGCGUAACCAUGAGCGCCACGUACCUGUGUCGGCUGGCUCUGAAAAACCCAGAUGUCUCAUGGGAUCGUAAGAACAACCCUGAGCCCUGGAACAAUCUGAGCCCCACUCAUCAGUACAAACUUUUCACAGUUAACAUGGACUACUCCAAGCUGAAGAAGGACAGGCCUGAUUUCUAAGUCGCACUUCUGCCUCUGACGUCGUCUUCAGAGUGAAGAGCCUUUGCACUUUUUUUUGUUUUGCCAAAUAUGAAAUCAACCCUUGGCGCUGACUGAAGGUCGAACUCAUUCAGCUCAUUCUGGAGGAAGGGAUCACUCACUUUAUCAGUGACUGUCUGAAUUUAUAAAACAGGCAACCACCUGUUUUACUAAUGUAUGAAUUUAUUUUUGUUGUAAAUCAUUAAAACUAUUUUAAUCCCGUC